AUUACACACCUCCAGUCUGACUGGCGCAGGACGACCAGCAAAGCUCUCCCGAGGAGGACACUUUACCAUGACAGCAGCAACAAAAGCCCGCGGGAGAAAUCGGCAGCAACGCUGCACAUGUUGACUUUUUUUGUUUUUAAUCACAGUAUAUCGAGAUGUUUGAGUGAAUCGGCAGCAGGAGCAGCUCCAAAAAAAACAUGAGGUAGCUUCAAAGUAGCGGCGCGCACGAGUGAGGAUCUGAGAUCUUCUCUAAAUCUCGUUCAUUCAUCUUGGGGACUUUUUUUUGGAGGGGGGGAGGAGAUGGCUACCCCUACGCACCCGGAGACCAGGAAGUUUACGCGCGGUCUGGGUAAACCUGGCACGGCGGCGGAGCUCAGGCAGAGCGUCUCCGAGGUGGUGAGGACGUCCGUGCUGGUCGUUAAACCCAAGGUGAUCGAGCCACUGGAUUAUGAAAAUGUGCUGGUGCAGAGGAAGACGCAGAUCCUCAGCGAUGUCCUCCGAGACAUGCUGCAGUUCCCUCUGGAAGACUUUGAGAUUUCAACUUUGAGGAGACAGGGGAGGACCCUCUACUCCACGUUGCCUGAAAAUGCAGAGAGGGAAGCCCAGAGUUUAUUUGUCCAAGAGUGCAUUAAAACCUACAAGUCUGACUGGCAUGUCGUCAACUACAAGUACGAGGACUAUUCUGGAGACUUUCGACAGCUUCCGCACAAAGUGUCGCGGCCUGAUAAACUGGCCGUCCAUGUAUUUGAAGUGGACGAGGACGUGGACAAAGACGAGGAUACGGCCUCCCUUGGAUCCCAGAAAGGCGGGAUCACCAAACAUGGCUGGCUGUACAAAGGAAAUAUGAACAGUGCAAUCAGUGUCACCAUGCGGUCGUUCAAGAGGAGGUAUUUCCACCUAACGCAGCUCGGGGACGGCUCCUACAAUUUAAACUUCUACAAGGAUGAGAAGAUCUCCAAAGAGCCCAAAGGAACCAUUUUCUUGGACUCCUGUAUGGGCGUGGUUCAGAACAACAAGGUUCGAAGGUUUGCUUUUGAGCUGAAGAUGCAGGAUAAGAGCACCUACCUGCUGGCUGCAGACGGCGAGGGAGAGAUGGAGGACUGGAUCAAUACGCUCAACAAGAUCUUGCACAGCAGCUUUGAGAUUGCAAUGCAGGAAAAGCGCAAUGGAGACAUUCAUGAUGAUGAUGAUCUCGGAAAGUCAGACAGUUCCUCUGGCAGUAUGGACAGCUUUCAGAGCACCAGAGAUAUUGAGUCCAGGAUGAGGAAUGAGACCAGAUUGAGGCUGUUCACCCUGGACCCUGACACACAGAAACUGGAUUUCUCAGGGAUUGAACCAGACGUGAAGCAGUAUGAGGAGAAGUUUGGCAAACGUGUGCUGGUGAACUGCAAUGACCUUUCAUUCAAUCUGCAAAGCUGCGUGGCCGAGAACGAAGAAGGGCCGACAACAAAUGUGGAGCCCUUCUAUGUCACUCUCUCACUGUUUGAUAUCCAGAAUGGGAGGAAAAUCUCCUCUGACUUCCACGUGGACUUAAAUCACCCGUCUGUGAGAGGCAUGAUGCCCAGUACCAUCAGCCAGUAUAUAAAUGGAGGAGGGGACGCUCACAGUGAGGGGCAACGGUUGGUCCACGGGGUGCCAGAGGCAGCCAUGCAGUAUCCCAGACAGGGGGUGUUCUCGAUUACAUGUCCUCACCCAGAUAUCUUCCUGGUGGCUCGCAUAGAAAAGGUUCUUCAGGGCGGAAUCAACCACUGUGCCGAGCCGUACAUGAAGAGUUCAGAUUCCACCAAGGUGGCACAGAAGGUCCUGAAAAAUGCCAAGCUGGCAUGUAGCCGGUUAGGCACGUACAGGAUGCCUUUUGCCUGGGCAGCAAGGCCUUUGUUCAAAGACGCUUCAGGGACACUGGACAAAAGUGCUCGUUUCUCAGCUCUGUACAGACAGGACGGCAACAAACUUUCGAAUGAUGACAUGCUCAAGCUGCUGGCUGAUUUCAGAAAGCCAGAGAAGAUGGCCAAGCUGCCCGUAAUCCUCGGAAACCUUGAUGUUACCAUUGACAGUGUAGCCCCCGACUUGACAAAUUGUGUUACCUCAUCCUACAUUCCUGUGAAGCAGUUUGAUGUCAGCGAGAGAACCAACAUCUUCUUCGAAGUGGAGGAGUUUGUGCCGUGCCUAGCCAAAUGUUCUCAGCCUUUCACCAUCUACAACAAUCACCUCUAUGUCUACCCCAAGCACUUGAAGUACGACAGCCAAAAGUCAUUUGCAAAGGCUCGAAACAUAGCUGUCUGCAUUGAGUUCAAAGACUCGGAUGAAGAAGAUGCUGUUUCACUGAAGUGCAUCUACGGUCGACCCGGAGGACCGUUGUUUACUAAGAAUGCCUUCGCUGCUGUUCUGCAUCACAGGCAGGACCCCGAAUUCUAUGAUGAGUUCAAGAUUGAGCUGCCAACCCAGCUCCACGAGAAACACCACCUGCUCUUCACCUUCUACCAUGUCAGCUGUGACAGCAACAGCAAGGCCAGCACCAAAAAGAGAGAACUGGUUGAGGCACAAGUGGGUUAUGCCUGGCUCCCUUUGCUGAAGGACGGCCGGGUGGUCAUGAAUGAGAUUCAGAUUCCUGUGGCUGCCAACCUGCCUGCUGGAUACCUUGGCUUUCAGGAGGGUGCUGGCAAGCAUUCAGUUCCUGAAGUCAAAUGGGUGGAUGGAGGCAAGCCUUUGCUCAAGGUGUCCACUCACCUCGUUUCCACUGUCUACACUCAGGACCGACAUUUGCACAAUUUCUUUCAUCACUGUCAGAGCGCGGCAUCUGCAGCUCAGUUAUCAGGAGGAGAGCUGGUCAAAUACCUGAAGAGUCUGCAUGCCAUGGAGAGCCACGUGAUGAUCAAGUUCCUGCCCACUACCCUGAAUCAGCUGUUUAGGGUCCUUACCAGUGCCACCCAAGAGGAUGUAGCGGUCAACGUCACCAGAGUCAUGAUUCACAUUGUUGCCCAGUGCCAUGAGGAGGGGUUAGAGAACUACCUGAGAUCAUAUGUGAAGUUUGUUUUCAAGACUGAGCCAUACACGUCGUCCACCACCCGAACAGUGCAUGAGGAGUUGGCCAAAGCCAUGACUGCAAUCCUGAAGCCGUCUACUGACUUUCUCACAUGUAACAAAUUGCUCAAGUAUUCCUGGUAUUUCUUUGAAGCCCUAGUGAAAUCCAUGGCUCAGUACUUGAUUGAGAGUUUUAAAGUGAAGCUGUCUAGGAAUCAGCGCUUCUCUGCAGCAUUCCACCACACAGUAGAGACACUGGUCAACAUGAUGAUGCCACACAUUACACAGAAGUACAAAGACAACCUGGAUGCCGCUAGGAACGCCAACCACAGUCUUGCAGUCUUCAUUAAGCGCUGUUUUAAUCUGAUGGAUCGAGGGUUUAUGUUCAAGCAGAUCAACAACUACAGCAACUGUUUCAUGCCUGGAGACCCAAAGACACUCUUUGAGUUCAAGUUUGAGUUCCUGCGUGUCGUGUGCAACCACGAGCACUACGUCCCCCUGAACCUGCCCAUGCCAUUUGGAAAAGGAAGGAUAAUGAGAUUUCAAGCUUUAUUAUCUCCACAUGAUAUGGUGGAGUCGUAUGAUGAUGAUGAUCCAGUAGACCUUCAACUGGAUUACUCGCUGACGGAUGACUUCUGUAAAAACCACUUCCUGGUCGGGCUGCUGCUCAGGGAGGUCACUGCAGCUCUGCAGGAGUUCAGGGAGAUUCGUCAGAUAUCCAUCCAGGUGCUGAAGAACCUGAUGAUCAAGCACACGUUUGACGAUCGCUACACCUCCAAGAGCCAGCAGGCCAGGUUGGCCACGCUCUACUUGCCCUUGUUCGGCCUGCUCCAAGAGAAUGUCCACAGGUUGAAUGUGAAGGAAGUUUCCCCGUUCACUAUCAACCACUCCAACAAUAAUGGAAGAGAAGAUUCCCUCCUUUCCAACCCUUUGAUGACACCUCCCAGGUCCAGCACCUUUCUGGACACCAGUUUGCACAAAGAUGUCUUUGGUGCCAUCUCAGGCACCGCUUCACCCCACACAUCAUCCACCCCCAACAUUAACUUUGUGCGCCACGCAGACUCUCGCGGCUCACUCAUCAGCACUGACUCCGGCAACAGCCUGUCAGAGAGGCACAUGGACAAGGGCAAUUCUCUGGACAAGCACCAGCCUGCUGCGACUCUGGGCAGUACACUGCUGCGAUGUGAUAAACUGGACCAGGCAGAGAUCAAAAGCCUCCUCAUGUGCUUCCUACAUGUGCUGAAAAGCAUGUCUGAGGAUGCUCUGUUCACAUACUGGAAUAAGGCUUCAUCGUCCGAUCUAAUGGACUUCUUCACUCUAGUCGAAGUGUGCCUCCAUCAGUUCAGAUACAUGGGGAAGAGAUAUAUCGCAAGGAGCCAGGAUGGGGCAGGACCCGUAGCUCAUGAGCGGAAGUCACAGACUCUGCCUGUGUCCCGUAACAGGGCAGGAAUGAUGCAUGCCCGCUUACAGCAGCUCAGCAGCCUGGAUAACUCAUACACUUUUAACCACACUUACAGUCACUCGGAUGCAGACGUGUUAAAUCAGUCGUUGCUGGAAGCCAACAUUGCCACUGAGGUCUGCCUGACUGUGCUGGACACCCUCAGUAUCUUCAUCAUGGGUUUCAAGACGCAGCUGUGCUCCGACCACGGCCACAGUCCACUCAUGAAGAAGGUGUUUGACGUCCACCUCUGCUUUCUGCGAAUCAAUCAGUCAGAAACGGCCCUCAAGCAGGUCUUCACUUCACUGCGCACCUUCAUCUACAAGUUUCCCUGCACAUUCUUCGAAGGCCGCGCCGACAUGUGUGCCGCGUUCUGCUACGAGAUCUUGAAGUGUUGUAAUUCCAAGCUGAGCUCCAUUCGCAGCGAUGCAGCCCAUCUGCUGUAUUUCCUCAUGAAGAGCAACUUUGACUACACAGGUCGCAAAUCCUUUGUCCGGACACACCUACAGGUGGUGAUUGCUGUCAGUCAACUGAUUGCUGAUGUCAUUGGUAUCGGAAGCACACGCUUCCAACAGUCCCUGUCAAUCAUCAACAACUGUGCCAACAGUGACAAAACCAUUAAGAACACAGCAUUCCCAUCGGACGUGAAGGACCUGACCAAGCGCAUCAGGACAGUUUUGAUGGCCACGGCUCAGAUGAAGGAGCACGAGCGAGACCCAGAGAUGCUGGUGGACCUGCAGUACAGCCUGGCCAAAUCUUACGCCAGCACACCUGAGCUGCGCAAGACCUGGCUGGACAGCAUGGCCCGAAUCCAUGUGAAGAACGGAGACUUUUCUGAGGCGGCCAUGUGCUACGUGCACGUUGCAGCACUUGUGGCAGAAUACCUGCGGAGAAAAGGAAUGUUCAAGCAAGGCUGCUCAGCUUUCCGUGUCGUGACUCCAAACAUUGAUGAAGAAGCAGCAAUGAUGGAGGAUGUCGGCAUGCAAGACGUCCAUUUCAAUGAAGAUGUCCUCAUGGAGCUUUUGGAGGAGUGUGCGGACGGACUGUGGAAGGCAGAGCGUUACGAGCUGAUCUCUGACAUCUACAAGCUCAUAAUUCCCAUUUAUGAGAAGCGCAGGGACUUUGAGAAACUGGCCCACCUAUAUGACACACUGCAUCGUGCAUACAGCAAAGUAACAGAGGUCAUGCACUCAGGCAAGAGGCUGCUGGGCACCUACUUCAGAGUGGCAUUCUUUGGCCAGGGCUUCUUUGAGGACGAGGACGGUAAAGAGUACAUCUACAAAGAACCCAAAUUCACCCCCCUAUCUGAAGUAUCUCAGCGGCUCCUUAAGCUGUACUCUGAAAAGUUUGGACAGGAGAAUGUGAAGAUGAUCCAGGACUCUGGAAGGAUUAAUCCCAAAGACUUGGACUCCAAGUACGCAUACAUCCAAGUGACUCACGUGACUCCGUACCUGGAGGAGAAGGAGCUGGUGGACAGGAAAACGGACUUUGAAAAGAGCCACAAUAUUCGUCGCUUUGUGUUUGAGAUGCCGUUUACCAUAUCAGGCAAAAAGCAAGGCGGUGUGGAGGAGCAGUGCAAACGCAGGACAAUACUAACCACCACACAUUGUUUCCCAUAUGUGAAGAAGCGCAUUGCAGUGAUGUAUCAGCACCACACUGAUCUGAGCCCAAUCGAGGUGGCCAUCGAUGAGAUGAGCAAGAAGGUGGCCGAGAUCAAACAGCUCUGUUCCUCCAGUGAGGUGGACAUGAUCCGCCUGCAACUCAAACUGCAGGGCAGCAUCAGUGUGCAGGUAAAUGCAGGACCGCUUGCAUAUGCCCGAGCUUUUCUGGAUGACUCCAGUGCCAAGAAGAAUCCUGAUAACAAGGUCAAACAGUUGAAAGAGGUCUUCAGGCAUUUUGUGGAGGCGUGUGGCCACGGCUUAGGCAUUAAUGAGCGGUUAAUCAAAGAGGACCAGCAGGAAUAUCAUGAUGAGAUGAAAGCCAAUUACAGAGACGUGGUCAGAGAGCUGUCCAUCAUCAUGCAUGAGCAAAUCAGUCCUGUGGAAGAUGGCAUGAAGAGCGCUCUUCCAGACUCGCUCCACAUCUUCAACGCUAUCAGUGGCACGCCGACCAGUGCCACCAUCCAGGGCAUCCCCAGCUCUUCCUCCGUGGUGUGAUGCGGAACCUGGGACAACCACGACCUCAGCGCUCCGUAUCCUCGCUAACCAGGCACGCCUGUUUUUAUUUGAUUGUCACCUCCAAACCAAAAUCGUCCGUCCGUCAGCUCAAAGGGAGACGUGACGCAAGUACAGACAGAUCUAAAGUACCUCUGACUCUUCUCACUGAAAUGACCAAGGCACUGGACUGUUCACGUUCACAGUAGGCACAGUAACUGUGGUGGGUGUGGCCAAAUGACAUUUUCCUGUAGGAGCACUGAGGUGAAGUCGCAACCCGAUGGGGGACAUGGUUUCAUGGACAGAGCUAAACCUGUCUUUUCCGGAAAAGACCGUGCAGUUCUUUUCUUUUUUUUUUUACACACACAUUCUUGUCGAGAUCUUCAGCGUGCAUGUUAUUACAAUACACAGAGGCGCUCUCAAGUUUUAAACAAGACAAGUUUUGUUUAUUUUGAUAAUGUUACACAAUGUGUUUUUUUUAUGUACAGUAUUCCACUUUUAUAAGCCACUGUAUUGACGUCCUGAUGAACAGUAUAUGCUGCUUACAUUGGCACUCAUUCCUCUGUAAAUGAAGUUCAAUUUCUACAGAAAUGCAAAUUUGAAAGAGGGCCUCCCAUGACAACAUUCAACCCUUAAAUCACUUCAUUGUCUUAGAGCGAAAUAGUUUUUAAAUAUUUAAAGCCAUUGCAUACAGAAAGUAUAUUCAAGUUCAAGUUGUUUAUUAAUGUAUAUAAAAAAGGAUUGUGUGCAAUAUUUGCAAAGUAUCUUGCUGUGUGGGGCUAAUACACUGUUAAAAAAGAAAAGAAAGAAAGAAAGAAAUUCACCUUUUUGCCAAAGCGAUAAGGUGCGGAACCAAAAUCUACACCUACUGUGGGAGUAAUAUGAAGCUUUUACCAUUUUAGUGUUCAGAUGUUUAAGGAUUUGUUUUAUAUUUGGGCAGCAAUGGUUUCUUUAUUUUAUUUAACACUAAUGUACUGUUCUGCUGUAAACAAAAUGUUCCCAUAUGCUUUUAAAUAAAAAUGCACUCGUUUCUCUG